GGGGUGUUCUGGGAGUUCGGAGGCCGCAGCGGCGCCUGAGGGAGCUCGGCCGCCAUUUUGUGCCUCUCGUUCGGUCCGGGGCGGCCGCGCGGGCGCUGCGGCUCUGAGGGAGCGCUCGGCUCUUCUGCUCUGUAGAUCGGGGUGACGCCGCCAUGGGCCGUAAGAAGAAGAAGCAGCUGAAGCCUUGGUGCUGGUACUGUAAUAGGGAUUUUGAUGAUGAGAAAAUCCUUAUACAGCAUCAAAAAGCAAAGCACUUUAAAUGCCAUAUAUGUCAUAAGAAACUGUACACAGGACCUGGUUUAGCUAUACACUGCAUGCAGGUACAUAAAGAAACAAUAGAUGCUGUUCCAAAUGCUAUUCCCGGAAGAACAGACAUUGAACUGGAAAUCUAUGGAAUGGAAGGCAUUCCAGAAAAAGACAUGGAGGAGCGGAGGAGGUUACUUGAACAAAAAACUCAGGAGAGCCAGAAAAAGAAACAACAGGAUGAUUCUGAUGAGUAUGAAGAUGAUGAAUCUGCAGCUUCAACUUCAUUUCAACCCCAGCAAGUUCAGCCACAGCAGGGGUACAUUCCCCCAAUGGCACAGCCAGGUUUGCCUCCUGUGCCAGGUGCACCAGGGAUGCCUCCAGGUAUACCCCCAUUAAUGGCAGGUGUUCCACCUAUGAUGCCUGGAAUGCCUCCAGUUAUGCCUGGAAUGCCACCUGGAUUACAUCAACAGAGAAAAUACAUGCAGUCAUUUUGUGGUGGAAACAUGAUGAUGCCUAUGGGUGGAAUGAUGCCUCCUGGGCCAGGAAUCCCACCUCUUAUGCCUGGUAUGCCACCAGGGAUGCCCCCUCCUGUUGGGCCUCGGCCUGGCAUGCCUCCAAUGACACAAGCACAGCCUGUUACAGCCCCGGGCAUUCUGAACCGGCCUCCAGCUCCUGCUGCAGCAGCACCGACCCCACAACCUCCAGUUACUAAACCACUCUUCCCAAGCGCGGGGCAGAUGGGGACACCUGUCACAAGCUCAAGUGCAGCUUCCUCCAAUUCAGAAAGUCUCUCAGCAUCUUCUAACGCUCUGUUUCCUAGCACAGCACAAGCUGCAGCAGCUGUGCCAGGGCCGGUGGGUACUGAUUUCAAACCUUUGAAUUCUACACCCGCGACAACAACGGAACCCCCCAAACCGACAUUCCCGGCUUACACGCAGUCUACAGCCUCGACCACUAGCACGACAAACAGCACUGCAGCUAAACCUGCUACAUCUAUCACAAGUAAGCCUGCUACACUCACAACAACCAGUGCAACCAGUAAGUUGAUCCAUCCAGAUGAGGAUAUAUCACUGGAAGAGAGAAGGGCACAGCUGCCUAAAUACCAGCGCAAUCUUCCUCGACCAGGCCAGGCUGCCCUGGGUAAUCCACCGGUUGGACCAAUUGGAGGUAUGAUGCCACCACAGCCAGGAAUUCCUCCACAACAACAAGGAAUGAGACCUCCCAUGCCACCUCAUGGUCAGUAUGGUGCACAUCACCAGGGCAUGCCAGGAUAUCUUCCUGGAGCCAUGCCUCCAUACGGUCAGGGACCUCCGAUGGUGCCCCCGUACCAGAGUGGACCUCCUCGCCCUCCGAUGGGAAUGAGACCGCCUGUAAUGUCGCAAGGUGGCCGCUACUGACGCUCCUACUCACGCUCUAAUAGGUUUUUAGAAGUGAAGUAUAGUAAAUAUGGUUCGUUAAAUUGUGAAGGCGCUGGAAUUACAUGAACAUACCACCUUAAAGCCCUGCCAUAGGACAGGCUGAGGCAGAGUCUCAGUGUUGCCCUGUUCAGUCUGAGGCAAGUGGGAUUUAUUUUAUUCAUUCUGGGGGCUUUCACAGCUUUAUGGCUGUUGGAUAUUUAUGUCCCCAAACUUGCAGCAAGUUUGGUGAAGGCCCCUAAAUUUAUUUUAAUAUAGGUUUUUUUAUUCUCUUUUGGUAGAUGGGCUCUAAUAUUUAUCUUUUUAUUAUGGCUGUGUUUUUUAAGAGUCUUAAGGGGAGGGAACCUGUUUUAAGAUGUGUGGGUACUUUUUCUCUUAAUGGAAUUUCCUUCAAGGCUGCUCAGGUAGUCCUUAAGACACUGCCCCUCCCCAUCUUUCCCUGCAUUGCGUUUGUGCUGUAUUUGUUUUUGGGUUUGGUAGUGUUCCUUUUGUGUAGUCUCUGAAUUAGUGGCAUGAAAUACCAAUUAUUGUUUUCUCUUCUGAGGAUAGGUAUCUACUGAAAAGCUUAAAAUAGAUUUGAACUAGUAAGUUAAUUGCUACAAAAAUUUGUAGCCCCAAUUACAGAAUAGAGUUUCUUUGAAGAAGGUUAAGAUGUUAAUACUGCUGUGUUUGUAAGCUGCACCUCAACAAAUAUUAAUGUAGAGCCCUGCGAAGAAAUAGAGAUCAGAUCCAAGUUGAUAACAGAGAGUGAGAAAUCAAAGCUGCAGAUUUUUCAGCUUGCCAGUUGCAGGGAGAACCUUUUCCUCAAUCUCUUUUUCCUCAGUUCAGGGAGAACUUUUUCCUCCAUCUCAAAUAUGUCAAAUUUGAGGAUGUUUUGACUAUUGCAUCAAUAGUAAGAGUUGAAAAACUUUUCUUUUAAACCUUGAGAGAUUCUGUUGCAUGUUCAAAAUUAGCUUUAUUUGAAGUUCCUUCUUUCACGUGGUGCCUAGCAAAAUUUUCUACCCUUUGUGAAGAAAAAGGUGUUCAUUCUGCUGCAGAUCCAUUGUUUGUGAAUGCUUGAGGUUGCUUAAAGAAAGCUUCAGAACAGCAGGUUUUACCUAAGGAGGUCUUGCAGCAUACCAGCAGUGAAAUAGUAAAUAAACAAAUGUGGGAGUCUGGUUUGACCUUUUUUUUUUUAAGUUUAUUUUUAAUAAAAUAAUUAAUUUUUAAUAAAAAUUAAUAAAAAUAUUAUAUAUUUUUCAGGUUUGUGGUGAGGCUUUUUUAUGAGCAUAGUUGUUCUUCAAGAUUUUGCUUAAUGAUGACCCCUAAUGGGAUUUCAAGUAAUUUUAAUUCAAGGAGAGAGUUGUAAUUAACUUAGAGUGUAUUGCACAUUGCUGUUGUACCCUUCUUUGUUUGUACUCUGCCCUUUGCAUUUUUCCUGUAGAAGGCCCCCCCCAAAAUCCCUGUCUGACUGGAAAAUUGACAUGUCCAUGUUAACUGUUUCAGAAUGGUUAUUGAGCAUGGUCUUGCUUUGCUAAUUCUCAUUGUGGUGCUCCCCCUGAUAACAGUGAAGAUGAGAACAAGUCUUCAAGAUAAACUACUACAACCAGUACUUCUUUCACUUGCUUAAUUUAUAGGAUCAUUUGGCUUAAUUCUUUUUUCCCUAGAAUGUCUAACGAAAGUGUUUAAUUCAAAAUAAUACAUUGUGGGGCUUGUAUUUGUUGCUCAAAGUAUCUUAAUCUCUUAGAGUCUCAAAAUAAAAAUGCCUCUUUAUUUUGAGGGAUGAAGUAUGGUUCUUAGUUACAUUCCAGUAUUGCAGCUCUCAUUGCAGCAGUUUGUGUACCACAAAGUUGGACAUCUUGCUGUUAGUGAAAUUUUUUUACUACAGUUGAUGGUAUUUCAGUGACAUGAAUUUUAUAGAUGUUAACAAAAUGUGGUCUUGCAGUUCAGGUUUUUUAAGCUUAAGUAGGGGCACAUAACUUUUUUAAAGGAGCAGGAGUUACUGAUACUCUGCUAAAUUGGGUAAAUUUGUACCUGAUCUGUUAAACAAGAAAAGUAACUUGAUGUGGUAAAUAAAGUACAUAUCACAUAUGAGGACCUUUUUAAAAAAUCUGUAUGCUUGCAACCAAAAUAAUCAGACCAGGGAAACAGUGGUAGUGACUGGGUUCUGUAAGAAUGCAGCUGCCAGUGACUGCUGUUCUGUCUGUCAUGGUUGGGCUAGGUUGGAAGUAGUUCAGAGGAAAGAAGGUUUUGGGACAGCCAUUUAAGGGAUCAAGAGGAAUCAAAGUGUAAAUUGUAAUGUAUAUAAAAGUUCUUUCUGAAGUUCUGAAAAACACUUGGUGAGAGGUUUCUGGCACACUGUAAGCAGCAACAUAGUGCAGUGUUGAUUGCCAGAGCACAGAUUCCCAGUAAGGCUGUGUUAAAGCAAAUGCAGUUUUACUGCAGCCUUGUGCAGGUGUGGCUGAGGGGGCUGAGCGCUGGAGCCUGCUGCUCUGGCAGCCAGCCAUAUCCUGUCCUGAACCACAGGAUCCAGGGUGUUAUCCUCAAGCUGUUUGUUCCUGGCAUCCUGCUGAGUCAGUUUUGACUGUCCCUGAUGUGAACAAUUUUCAGGCUUGGUACUUACAUACCUGGGCACUGUUGUGAAUAGUGAGGCCCUUGUAUCUUCUGAACAAGUUUACAAUAACCUCCUAAAUUCUUGCAGGCUUUCUCCCAGUGGGGACAGUCAGCAACACUGCUGUUUUAAUGGCAGUGAAUUUGACUGCUGCAGAAAUACUGUCUUGAACUUACUGACCUUAAGGUUUUUCGUUCUUGAGGGUAUAAAGAAGUGAAAGAGUUUUGAAAAAAUAGUAGAAUUUUAAUGCCAGUACCAUCUUAACUAAAAGCAAAGAAGCACAUGACAUUGAGAACUUGAAAGCUUCCUUAUAAAUUCUCGUGUUAGCAGUUAGUGUGUCUCUCUGGCAGCUGACUGCCUUAUACAAAGUUCAAGCUUCUGACAUCUUAAACUUUUUUCCCUUAAGUUUUCUCUUAAAUCUCUACCAUAUUCAGAAAGGAGGCAUGGGUUGUAGAAUUUCAGUUUCUGCUGCUCAUAGUAGCCAAUAUGUAGAACUGAUUUUUGCUAACAGCAAUUUUAAUUGCCUGAAAUGAAUGCUGUACAGCCAAAGAAAACUUUCACCAUCUCCCAACUUAGGAAGUUAUGUAAUGCUUUGAGAUGAAGAUGUCACGCAGAGCUUUUUUUCUUUUCUCAUUUUUUCACUGACUUACUUGCACUGAAUUCUCUAGCUUCUUUCUUAUAAAUUUAAGUGGGAAAAAAUACAUUUUCCUCUUUCACUUGUAAAGUCGAGAAUAAGAAAACACACUUUAAGACUUUAAUGAAGGAACCUGGCAAUGUAAGUAUUUUAAUUUCCUUUAUGUUUUCAGUAGGCUGCAGGUGACCUUGUUACACUUAUGGGUUAUGUAUGAAAAACCAGAAGGACAAAUUGAAAGUAGUUUCAUAGUUGCCUUUACUUCACAUGCUUUUCUUAAGCAACAAAUUGCAGUAAUUGAAGUUUGGCAGCUUUUUUUUUUAAUGAAAAAACUAAAUUAUGGGUAAAACACCUUGGUUUAAUACAAUUUGUGUUUCUGUUAACUAGCAGCAGAAUUUCAGCAUUUGCUACUUACUGGUAGAGAAGAAAAAUUCCACAGAACUGCCAGUACAGGUUAGUUUAAUCUGUAAGUACCUGAUGUUACUAUUUGAAAUAAUUUGUUCAAAUGAUACCAUUUAAAUACCUGAGGGGAAUUUUGGUCUCUGAAAUGUGAUUGUUACCUACUACUGAUUCCAGUAGUGAGUGAACAGACUAGACUUUUUUGGAAGAUCUAUAAUGGAUUUAACUAUGCUUGUGGACAGGUAAAAAAUACCUGCAAGCACCUUUAAGGAAAAUUUAAUACAGAAUCUUGACAAGCAGCCUUUGAUGUUGCUGAAGAAUGUGAAAAUCUGAAGUCAAAAUCACUAUGGUAACAUGCCAGUUAUUAAUGAGGCUGGUUUUUACCAACAAACCAGCAGGAUCCUGUGUUUGUUGUGUUGGGGAUUAAGCAUUUCUGUUUCUAAGAAUCAAUAGCAGUUUGUAAUCUUUCCAUUUUCUUUAGCUAUUGCUAAUUACCCUUUCUUACCCACAGAUUUUUACUUUGUUAGGCUGGUAAGCCAGGAGCUUGUUCUUCUGUGCUUUUUUAAUUGCUUUUGUUAGUUCAUUUCAGCACUUCAGAGGCUACCUACAAACAUGGUUUUGUCCAACUGUUUUAUCUUACAUCAGAGUUACUGCUCUGCCUCUAUUUUAAUUCUGCCCUAUUUCAUAUUCCCAGAAAUUCUGGUAUUUUAUUUCUAUUGUAUGGAAUGUUUUAUACCCUAAAAUAGGAAAGAUUCUUUGUGACUGAAUAAAAGAUGCAGCUUUCUCUGGAAUGGCUGCACACACUUAGUUCUGUUUAGACUUUGUAUAUCUCAUCUCUGCAUAUCAGUAGAAGAGAUGAAAACUUUUUCUGUGCUGUAGCACGAAGUGGAGAUCCACAGCUGGAUGAGCUGUAAGAUAAGAUUGUGCUUUAAUUCACUUUUGAGGCCAUGAUGUCCCACUCUGAAUUUGAGAGGCUUUUAACAUCACUGGUGGGUAAUUACUUAGUCAGCACUGGGAAGGUCGUGGUUAUGUGGUAGCUGAACAGACACUUCAGUUUUGCCAGCUCAUCUGAAGGGUCUACAGUGGGUUUAUGAGUGACUUGUCACUUCCAGCAGAAUUGCUUGGUUUAGGGUUCUGAAAUCUUAAACGGUGCUGCAGAACUCAUCAUAAAAACAUGCACAGUUUCAAGGCAAUUGUAUCUUCCCAGGUUUUAGAAUAGUUACUCUUGCAGCCCAUUGCCUGCCAUCUUCUCUACAUCAGUUCUUGGUAAUUUACACUAAAUUGCUUUGUCUUCAAAAUGAGCUACAGGCAAAUUUCUCACCAAUGUUGCAUAGGUUUUUCUUCCUAAAAGGGGGGAAAAAAGGGAAGUCAUACAUUAAUAUUUACAAUUUAGCUUUAUCUCUCUUUGCUUAAUCUUCAUUGCAGGUAUACAAGAAUAAAAGGGAUGCCUUGUUGUGAGGCCAUUACCCUGUCAGCAGAAUGUGUCUGUAUUUCUUACACCAUCUGUGGUUGACCCUAGCUGAUGCUAGCAUUAAUGCAAUGCUCAGUACUAAGCUGGAGUGAGUAAAUGCUUUUGGCUGCUCAGUUACCUUAUCAUGUCCUGGUGUUGGCACUGGCUGGAUGCAGACCUGCACUACUUGUCCACUGGCCUGGCAGUCAAUGGGGUUAACUAAAGGGCAGAGUGUGUUCCAUAGUGUCUUAACAAAAAAAAGUGCGUUUCUCCAGGAUAGAUCGUAGUAGAACUCUGGUAGAAAGACAUCUCUUUGUGAAACUUUAAAUGGCAGUUACUUACGGCACUUUGUGGUAGAAUAAAGUUCAUUUUCUUUUGAGAUAGGACCAAAACAAGACUGGGUAUUUGAGCUUUGAUUACCAGGUAAACAGUGUUAAAAUUGUAGCUCAACUUCUGACACACCAUUAGAGCAGCUGUCCAUUGUAAAGUGGUUCAGCAGUCUUCCCUCCCAGUUCUAGUACUGUGUAUUUGGAACAGUUUGUAAUUUCCCACUAUUUCCUUAGACUCCUUGCUGACUCCCAAUUGCCCUUUUAGAGUUUCUGGUCACUGUGCAGUAAAUUCAAAAUGAGCAAAGCUGGUUUUAGUACCUUCGUAAAGGACCUUUAAUUAAGCACAUGAGUGAAUAGUGUCCCCUCUCGGUAGCAGUGUGGCCACAGAAGUGUGUUGUGAAGGGGUUUUCUCUGUAACUUGAUACUGCUUUUGUAUUAAGUGGUAUGAAAGGGCUGGGAUUACUGAUCUUUUUCAAAAGACAGGUGGUGGCAAAAUACUGAUGUUGAAUUUAAUUCAAGAAAGUGAAAGACUGGUAAGUAUGUGCAUCACUUUAAUGCAUGCAAAUAAUAGUAACAAUAACAAGCUUAAUUUUGUAGCAUUCAGUUUACAAAGAAGAUAAAAUACGGAGCUGACAUCAUUUGCAUCCACUGGGAACCCUCUCUGAACUGUUCUUCAAGAAUGGGUCAUUGCACAUACAGCCAUCUGUAAUGUGUGACAUUUUGUAACAGUCUCUGAUUAAACAGAAGUGAACCACU